CACAAGCGCCUUUUGUUGAGAAAUUGUAGCUACGCUGCAAAGUGUAGUACCAAUCGUUAUUUUCUUAUCAGUAAUAGGACGAUACGUAUUGAAGUGUAAUUUUGAAAUUUUCCACAAGGUUUGACCAUUGAAACCAUUUAACGUUGCGUUUUAAUCACUGUACAUGUGGUAUUCACCGGUUUAAUUAUUGAAAAAUCCCAGCGGAAACUUGUUUAUAAUUACGGACGAAUCUACGAAGAAGUUUCAAAAUGCAUCAAGAAACUUUGCAACUAAUUCAAAUACUCGAAAAGACGGUUUCUCCAGAUAAGGCAGAGUUAGAGCAGGCUUCUAAUUUUCUCGAGCAGGCCGCGACGAACAACUUACCUCAGUUUAUAAAGACGCUCUCUGAUAUCCUACGGCAUGGCGGGAACAGUCCGGUGGCGCGAAUGGCCGCCGGAUUACAACUUAAAAAUCACUUAACUUCAAAGGACCAAAGUAUUAAAGUUUCGUAUCAACAACGAUGGUUGCUGUUUCAGGAGGACAUACGGGACUAUAUCAAGAAAAACAUUGUGGAAGCCUUGGGCACCGAGACGAGUCGACCAUCAUCGGCCGCACAAUGUGUCGCCUACGUUGCCGUAGCCGAACUACCUCAAGGUCGAUGGCCCAGUUUAAUCAACACCCUAGUAAACAACGUAGUACAAACAAAUUCGACGGAGAUGCAAAAGGAAGCCACCCUCGAGGCGAUCGGGUACAUCUGUCAGGAAAUCGAUUCGGAAGUCUUAGUCACACAGUCGAAUGCCAUUUUAACCGCCAUCAUUCACGGAAUGAGAAGCACGGAGCCGAGCAAUCACGUUCGCUUGGCCGCCACCCAAGCUUUGCUAAACUCUCUCGAAUUCACGCGUGCAAAUUUUGAUAAGGAGACUGAGCGUAAUUUUAUUAUGGAAGUCGUCUGCGAAGCUACGCAAUCUCAAGACUCUCAAAUAAAAGUCGCAGCUUUGCAGUGUUUAGUCAAAAUUUUAUCACUUUAUUAUCAGUAUAUGGAGCCGUACAUGGCGCAGGCGCUGUUCCCUAUCACUUUGGAGGCGAUGAAGUCGGAUAACGAUGCCGUGGCACUUCAGGGUAUCGAAUUUUGGUCUAACGUCAGCGACGAGGAGGUAGACUUGGCAAUUGAAGACUCCGAGGCGACUGAAGCGGGGCGACCACCUGCUCGUGUCUCGCGCCACUAUGCCAAAGGCGCCUUGCACUUUAUCGUUCCGGUUCUAAUGCAGAAACUUACGAAGCAGGAGGAAUUGGACGACGACGACGAUUGGAAUCCGUGCAAAGCGGCCGGUGUUUGCUUAAUGCUCUUGGCGACGUGUUGCGAGGACGAGAUCGUACCCCACGUGCUUCCCUUCAUUAAAGACAACAUCAAAUCUGAGGAUUGGAGAUAUAGGGACGCCUCCCUGAUGGCGUUCGGUUCGAUUUUGGGAGGGCUCGAUAAUUCGGCUCUUAAACCGUUGGUCGAGCAGGCGAUGCCCACCCUAAUCGAAUUAAUGUACGACAACAGUGUUAUAGUUCGAGACACGGCCGCUUGGACCUUCGGGCGUAUCUGCGAGAUCAUUCCAGAAGUCGCGAUUAACGAGACAUACCUGAAACCGCUGCUCGAGAGCUUGGUGACCGGUUUAAAAGCCGAACCGCGUGUCGCUGCAAAUGUCUGUUGGGCCUUUACCGGGCUGGUCGAGGCAGCGUACGAAGCGGCUGAGGUUAACGAAGAAACCGGCCAACCGGAUACCUACUGUCUCUCGCAGUUCUUUGAGUUUAUAAUACAACGGCUAUUGGAGACUACGGAUAGGCCGGAUGGUGCACAAGCGAAUCUGCGACCGGCCGCCUACGAGGCUUUGAUGGAAAUGGUUAAGAACUCGCCGAAAGAUUGCUACGUCACCGUACAGAAGACUACGAUGGUCAUUCUCGAACGUCUUCAGCAGGUUUUGCAAAUGGAGUCGCACAUUGCCAGUCACAGCGAUCGUUCCCAGUACAAUGACCUUCAGUCCCUGCUUUGCGGCACUUUACAGUCGGUGCUUAGAAAGGUAACACCGGAAGACGCUCCGAAAAUCUCGGACGCCAUCAUGACAGCAUUACUCAGCAUGUUUAGUUCCAAUUCGUGUAAAAACGGAGGCGUGCAAGAAGACGCUCUAAUGGCGGUCUCGACGCUCGUCGAGGUUCUCGGCGAGAACUUCCUGAAGUACAUGGACGCCUUCAAACAGUUCCUUUACAUUGGCCUGCGAAACCAUCAGGAGUACCAGGUGUGCGCGACCGCCGUCGGCCUGACCGGAGACAUCUUUAGGGCACUCAAACUGAAAACUCUUCCGUAUUGCGACGAAAUCAUGAUGAUUCUUCUCGAGAAUUUGAGCGACAACUCUGUCCAUCGGACUGUCAAACCGCAAAUCUUGUCUGUCUUCGGCGAUAUCGUAUUGAGCAUCGGUUUGGAAUUUAAGAAGUAUCUCGAGGUCGUACUGGUCACGCUGGCCCAAGCCUCCCAGGCGCAGGUGGAUCGAACUGAUUUCGACAUGAUCGAUUACUUGAACGACCUGCGCGAGGGCGUCCUCGACGCUUACACCGGUAUCAUUCAAGGUCUGAAAGGCGACGGACCGACGCCGCAUCCCGACGUUAUGCUGCUCGAACCGCACGUACCGUUCAUAGUUCGCUUUAUAAUCGUCGUCGCUCAGGAUAACGAACAUUCGGACGCGAGCGUCGCAGUUGCGGCCGGCCUCGUCGGCGAUCUGUGCUUGGCGUUCGGCGCGGCGAUGCUCGCACUCUUAGAUCUGGAUUCCAUCAAUGACAUGCUGACGCAGGGACGUCGAAGUCGGAUCAGUCGUACUAAAACUCUCGCAACUUGGGCCACCAAGGAGUUGCGCAAGCUGAAAGCUAAUAUUACUGCACCCGCAGCUAGCUGAUUUAAUUUGAUCUAUAGCGAUAACCAUAUGAAGGUGUGGUCACCAGUAUCUGUUCUGGAAAGGCAUUACAUAUAUUAAAAAAAUUACCUUUUUAGAUUUCUCUCUGGUUAGUAAUUAAAAUAGUCAUUAGUUCUUAAUUAACCAAUUUAAGUUUGGAACUUAAUCGAUUAAUUAACGACUGGAUGACGUAAACGACAUGGUACCGUCCCUCCUUUUUCGGUUAUGGGGUGCGGAAUGCGUGCGUAUGAACUUCUUUAGGACCAAGGACCAAUAUGAAUGUGUACUGAGUGCUACAGUGACGUUAGACAGAACGCUUGUGUACGUAAGUAAAUGCCGCCUGCAUGGUGAAAGACGUAUAUCUCAAGACUGAAGAAGAAAAAGUGAAGUUAUGAAAAUUUUUCUCUCCUCUCGUUUUUUUAUUCGCGAAAUUUUUUUGUCUGUUAUAUUUGUAACGGUUUGUAAUUAAACAUUAUUCACAUGUCACAUAUCGCUCUUUACAAGUAGUUGUACUUUCGUUUUAAAAAAAAUUUAUAUUUUAUACAUACUCUAAGAUUACGGAUGACCUAACUCGGUCGCCGCGUUUCUCGAAGUGUCCGAGUUGGGUCGGCGACUUUUUUGCAUUAGGUAGUGUUCAUACUCAGGAAGUUUUGGAAUAAUAUACUUUUGUGAAUGGUAUUUUUUUGAGAGUUUUUGUGAGGCCGUGUGUGCCUUGCGUGGGUGGAUUAAUUAAAUUAACCUGGUCGUUCUAAAUAUUAACAAUAAUGACGACUUUGUUAAGUAGUACGUUAGUUGUAUAAUAACGAAGCUAUCUGUGAUUUGGGAAGGCUUUAGUGGUUGCCAAAAAUGUUUUUUUAACAAUUCCAAUUCCAGAGAAAAAAAAAACAAAAAGCCUUCUCAAUGUUAUAAUAAUUAUAAUCACGCAAUUAUAAUUAUUAAAUUCCUGUAUGUGUGAUAUUGUCUUCGCAAAUGACACGAGAGUAAACUCGGCGUAUUUCAGUUCAAUGUCGGCGUUCGUUUUGUGUCAUUUGCGUUUGAAUUUUAGGCUGUAUGAAACUUUGUAUUAGUAUGCGAGGCUGUGUGACUGUUAUUUUUAUGUAAGCGCUCUUCGAAGAAUUCCCACUUUUUUAUAUUCGCCGUUUGUGGCACGAGUGCGCUUUAUUUGUUAUUCCGUAAUUUCUAAUAAACCAAAGUGCUGAGAACUGAUGAAACAAAUAAAGUGCUCCUCAUCCUUAAAAGUAAUAGAAUGUAAGGACAAUCUGAUUUAGAGCCUGAGUAGUAGAUAAUUUUGAAUGUUUUGUUUGCUAGUUUAUGAAUCAAUGUGUGCCAUGAUAGGUUGUCUGUUCAAAAAUCACCCCUAAGAGCCGAUGUUUGACAAUCUUACUAGUGUGGUAAGACUGAAUAAUGUUUUAGCAUAAGUUGCCAAUAGUUGAAACCAAUUGCGUGUACCCAAAACUGUACGUAGCUCAAAUAUGUGCUGUGUGAAAGUAUUCCUUAAUGUGCGUUCAACGGUGCAUAAAUAUUCCAAUAAUAUUGUUAAACAUCGGUCAUGUAAUUCGUUUUUGUUUGAAUAUUGUUACCAUGUCUGGUUGCCGACAACACCUUUAACAUUUUUCCAAAUUAAAAAAAAAAGAUGUAACUUAAUUUUUUGCUCUUUUAUUUUUCCACCUAAAAUUAGGACUUUUUUUCUGUAGUAAAAUAAUAAUAAAUGAAAUAAUGUAA